AGGCAGCCAUCAACGCUGCAUUAGCAACGACACACGUUCACCUUGUUGGACGCCGUCGAAAAUGGUGUUUACCUUGUUGAACCAGUCUGGGUUUUUCUUCUUGGCCAGCGCCAAAGUGGAGCCGAAGCCCGCCAUGAGGCCCAAAGACGCCACCGUGCUCAGAAAGGCUGCACCUGCACACAGAGGCACUUUAGGCAGUACGUGUUUAACCUUUUAACAGUCUGUUCGCUCGCCUCUUUCCGUCUACAACGAGAACAAGUUGAGCGGGGACGUAAGCAACAUGUCGUUGGAUAAAGAAAACACGCCUCCAAGCCUGAACACCGCGCGCAUCUUGGCGUCGAAAACAGCGCGCAAAAUCUUCUACGACACGUCGAGCAAAAGCAUAAAGAAGAGCGGCAGUGAAGAGACGGAGCCUCUACUGAAGGACAACCCCCGCCGCUUUGUCAUCUUCCCCAUCCAGUACCACGACAUCUGGCGCAUGUACAAGAAGGCCGAGGCGUCUUUCUGGACAGCAGAAGAGGUGGACCUGUCCAAGGACCUGCAGCACUGGGAAACUCUGAAGGAAGACGAGAAGUUCUUCAUCUCUCACGUGUUGGCCUUCUUCGCCGCCAGCGACGGCAUCGUCAACGAGAACCUGGUGGAGCGCUUCACACAGGAAGUGCAGGUGACGGAGGCGCGCUGUUUCUACGGUUUCCAGAUCGCCAUGGAGAACAUUCACUCUGAGAUGUACAGCCUCCUCAUUGACACCUACAUCAAAGACCCCAAAGAAAGAGAGUACCUCUUCAACGCCAUCGAGACCAUGCCGUGUGUUAAGAAGAAGGCUGACUGGGCGCUCAACUGGAUCGGCAACAAGAACGCCACCUAUGGUGAGCGUGUGGUGGCCUUUGCUGCCGUGGAGGGGAUCUUUUUCUCUGGCUCUUUUGCUGCCAUCUUCUGGCUGAAGAAACGUGGCCUGAUGCCCGGCCUGACGUUCUCCAACGAGCUCAUCAGCAGAGAUGAGGGUCUCCACUGCGACUUCGCUUGUCUGAUGUUCAAGCACCUGCUCAACAAGCCAUCCGUCCACACAGUCACCACCAUCAUCAAGAACGCGGUGGAGAUUGAACAGGAGUUCCUGACUCAGGCACUGCCUGUCAAUCUCAUCGGGAUGAACUGCAAGCUAAUGAAGCGUUACAUAGAGUUUGUCGCCGACAGGCUGAUGAUGGAGCUCGGCUUUGACAAGAUAUACCGUGUGGAGAACCCCUUUGACUUCAUGGAAAACAUCUCUCUGGAGGGAAAGACCAACUUCUUUGAGAAGCGUGUUGGCGAGUACCAGAGAAUGGGUGUCAUGGCCGCCACCACUGGCAACACCUUCACGCUGGAUGCUGACUUCUGACCACACACACUCAUCUGCAGCUCCUGGAUUGUGUCUUUUUAUUCCGUGUGACUUGUCGCAGGUCCUGGACUCUAUGCUUAUAAGCAAUUUGAUGGACACCGUUGACGGCAAUAAGAAACUGCUGCAAGUUGCAGAGGAUGAUGAUCUGAAGCAAAGUAUACAAUUAAAAAGGUAAAAGAG